AUGCAUUUACCGUUGGUUAAACUUUCAAAAUCGUACUAUCAUGUUAACGCGAAAAAGAGAUUCACAUCGUCGCCCUUGAACGUCCCUUCGAGGACCAAGAGAGUUUUUAUUGGUCUCAUAUUUGAUUGGUUGUUAAUUCUUGUAAUGUUUGGUAUAUCGCAAUGGUUCUUUUUGGUUCCUAAACCACCUAUAGCCUAUUUCCGCUUAGACGACCCCGAUUAUAUGCGUCCAGUGAUUCCCCAAAUAAUAUCUUCCUCUACUGCCGGUAUCUUGUCUGGAGGUGUUCCAUUGAUUAUUUUACUUAUUCUCGAAUUGUUGUUCUUUUGGGACAAAUGGAAUGUGUAUCAUUUGGUCACUGGGCAUGCGACUAGUGUGGCAUUUUCCUUGUUGUUUACUUCACUAUUUUGGAUUACGAUUGGAAGCCAUCUUGGAUUGCGCCCAUCUUUUCUUACACAAUGUGCACCUGAUUUGAAUAAAACAAUUCCGGGUCAAAUUUAUUAUACGGUCGAUAUUUGCACGCAGCCAUUGAAAAAGUUUGAUUUCCAAGGAUUUCCCAGCGGACAUUCGUCAAAUGCUUUUGCAGGAUGGGUGUUCUUUGUCUUAUACUUGAAUUCGAAAAUGAAGCCAUGGAGCGGAACAGCUUACGUAUGGAAGGGAUUAGUCCUCACCCUUCCUUUGGCUCUUGCCACAUGGGUAGCUCUUACUCGUGUGCGCGACUUCCGUCACUUUCCUUUCCAAAUAUUCAUCGGCUCACUUAUCGGCAUCGCUAGUGCAAUCUUCGCUUAUCGUCUAAACUUUGUCGUUUUUGGAUGGUUCCUUGGCCCAGGAGAUGGAAAUGAUCAUAUACCCGCGAGGUAUCAGUAUUUGGCAGCAAAAGAAAAUUCUUUGGAGGAAUCAACCAGACAACUGCCUUCAAAUGGUUAUGUUGUUGAAGUAUAG